GCCCUGUUUCGUUAAUCAUUGGCGAGUUAUUUCCCUUUGCGUACUCUCCGAUGUAAAGAGAGUAGAAAUAUACUAUCGAUAUUAUUGGAGAGCAAACAAUCUACCGGUGCGCGGAAGCCAAUAUGGAGUCCGAUGCCUGUCCAAAAUCGACAGAAAAAAAGAGACACUACUGCUGCAUUUGUUCAAACUAUGCUGGAAGGGUUGUUAAUCAUCGUAGGAUAAGUCUACAUCGAUUUCCAACAAACCAAACCGUAAGACGUUUGUGGCUUCGACGAAUAAAGCUUUGUUACGGAAAGUACGUAUUCAGCGAAAAUGACCGUCUUUGUUCCUACCACUUCCGAGAGGGAAUCAAGAAAAACAACGAAAUUCCAUGUGUUUUCGAGGGCAAAACGUUCAAUUCUUCUAACAUUCAAGAUGGUGAUCUGGAACCUAUUACUAGACAAGAAACAAGUACAGAUCUGACCACCCUACCGAGUUUAUCAGAGGAUGAACACGUUCCUGACCUUGGACCCUCCUUCAAACAUGCUGGGCAUUCUGCUGUUCAAACUUCAGUCUUCUUGCAUGAUUAUUGUCAAGCUGUCUCCAAAGAAGACAUUUCUAAUAUUCUUAACAAAUGUGACCAAACAGAUAUGGUUGAUAAAAAAAACAUUACAACACAGACUUCAUCACAAAAGGUGGAUACAGGAACACAAACUGAUUUUGUGUAUGUCUUCAAUGACAUCCCUAUGCUUGCCACAAAAUUAAAAAGAACCUGUGAUGUCAGUAUACAAACAUCCAGACCAGAUCUCACUAUUGAAGACAUUAGCAAUUCUGAUGAAAAGGUCAUGUUUUAUACCGGAUUACCCAACAGUGGCACAUUUUUUGUGUUAUUUGAUGAAAUGGGUGAUAUUUGUGAUGACAAUGUUGAUGGAAACCGUGGUAGACGCAGAACACUGAGAUUGCAAGAUGAGUUUUUCAUGGUAAUGAUGCGUCUUCGCUUAGGGUUGCUCCUAGAAGAUCUUGCUCAACGGUUUAAAGUUUCAAAAUCCACAUGUAGCAAGAUUGUUUCACGGUGGAUUGACUACAUGGAUGUGAAACUUAACUUCUUGCUUAAUUGGCCUGAAAGAGAAGUGAACAACUUAACAAUGCCCAAACAGUUUAGAUCUAAAUAUCUGAAUUGCCGUGUAAUUAUUGACUGCACAGAACUUUACACAGAAACUCCACAAUCCCUGUCAAAUAGAUCAUUGAUGUAUUCUUCAUACAAAUCCCAUAUGACAUACAAGGCCCUGAUCGGAAUUAAUCCACGUGGUGUUAUAACAUUUGUAUCUGACCUUUGGGCAGGGAGCAUAAGUGAUAAACAGUUGACAAAAAACAGUGGAAUUCUUGACCUGUGUGAAGCUGGAGAUGCUAUUAUGGCAGACAAGGGAUUUCUCAUCAGAGAUUUAACAACUCCCAGACGUAUAGAAUUGAUCAUACCCCCAUUUAAGACAAAAUUUAAACGUUUAACAAAGCGAGAGGUUGAGGAAACCCGAAGAAUUGCGAAUUUAAGAAUUCAUGUUGAACGUGCCAUUGAGCGUGUGAAAAACUUUAGGAUUUUGCAGGGUAAUAUUCCAAUUACACUUGCUGGACAGGCAUCAAAAGUUUGGAAACUAUGCUGCAGAUUUUCCAACCUGCAGCCUCCUCUAGUGACUGAUAGAUAGUAAAGUUUGUUGACUUGGCCACCCGCCCAACACCUGUGAGCAAAACACUGCUGUGUUUACAUUUAUACAAGCUGAUCUAUAUUUAGGCAUAAGCCAAGAAAAGCUGCACUAUUAUUAGCAGAUGUUAGGUUUAGUUCUAGUUCUUAUAGCCUGUUUUGUGUUAGUCAGUCAUUUAAAGUCUAUUUUAUGAUUUUAUAGUAGUAACUGUGCAAGCGUUCCAUUGUUGUCCACGUACUCUAUUGUACCCCAUUUUCAGUAUGUGGUCACAGUGACCAACUUUGGGUCACAGUGACCGAUUUCUCGUCACAGGUAUAUAAAGUGACAAAAUUUUGGUCACAUAAAGCAUUCAACUUAAAAUCUUUAAAGGGGCAUGAUCUAUCUCAUAUUAUUCUAAAAAGUAAGUUUAAAGCUAACAAUCUUAACAUUAGUAUUGAACAAAUGAAUAUAAUUUAACCAUAAAGUAAUAACGUGUAACCUGUUCAUUGAAUUAUUGAGUUGUUCAGCAACUUUUUACAAUAUUGCCUUUCUUAAUAUUUUUUAAGAGAAGCAUAAUUUAAAUUUUGUGAUUCAUUUUUUUUUUCUUGUGUAAAGUCGUUCCGUAUUGUGAAUUAACUUUCAGACUGAUUGAUCUUAAAUUUGUGAAUACAUAUGAGUAGUGUUCUGAGAAAACUGGGCAUAAUGCAUAUGCAUAGA